AUGCAAAACCAAAGCUUUGUGACUGAAUUUGUCCUCCUGGGACUUUCACAGAAUCCACAUGUUCAGAAAGUUGUAUUUGUCUUAUUUCUGUUCAUCUACAUUGCAACUGUGGGUGGCAACCUGCUGAUAGUGGUGACCAUCCUGAGCAGUCCAGCGCUCCUGGGCUCCCCGAUGUACUUCUUCCUGGCGUUCCUGUCUUUCCUGGAUGCCUGCUUCUCCUCUGUUAUUGCCCCCAAAAUGAUCAUUGACGCUCUCUAUGAGAAGAAAACCAUCUCCUUUGGAGGCUGCAUGACCCAGCUUUUCGCUGAACAUUUCUUUGCUGGAGCGGAAGUGAUUGUCCUCACAGCUAUGGCCUAUGACCGGUAUGUGGCCAUCUGCAAACCCUUGCACUACUCGUCCAUCAUGAACCCAAGGCUCUGUGGCAUUUUGAUGGGGGUAGCCUGGACAGGCGGUUUUCUCCACUCCACGAUUCAAAUACUCUUUACUAUCCAGCUGCCUUUCUGUGGCCCCAAUACUAUUGAUCAUUUCAUGUGUGACUUGUACCCAUUACUCAAGCUGGCCUGCACUGACACUUACGUGUUUAAUCUUUUGGUGGUGGCCAACAGUGGGCUCAUCUGCAUCCUGAUCUUCUCCAUGUUGCUUGUGUCCUAUGCAGUCAUCCUGUUCUCCCUGAGAAACCAGAGCACUGAAGGACAGAGGAAAGCCCUCUCCACCUGUGGGUCUCACGUUGCUGUUGUGCUUUUGUUCUUUAUUCCGUGUAUAUUUGAGUAUGCGCGGCCUCCAGUUUCUUUCUCCAUUGACAAAAUCGUGGAGAUAUUCUGCACAAUCCUAACUCCUUUACUCAAUCCUUUGAUUUACACUUUUAGGAAUAAGGAAAUGAAAAACGCCAUUUGGGAAGAAAUGGCAGUGAAGUUGCAAGAACCUGAUAAGACCCUUAGCAGAAAACAAGGAAAAACAGAAAAAAAAAAAAAAAAAAAAAAAACAGACCCUGAAGAGGCUGUUCCCCUACAGAAAUAA